UGUGUGUGUGUGUGUGUGUGUGUGUGUGUGUGUGUGUGUGUGUAUGUACGUGUGUGUGGAGUCUGCGAGGCAGCGUGUGAAGGAUACCACUAGCAGCACCCGGAAAAUGAGUUUGGAGGAGACGUGGUGAGCCACUCUAGCUGAACGUCAGAAGGUCACGCUGGAAGCAGAGGUCGGGACCAAAGAGCUGUGUCACGCCCACAACGUUUCAGAUGGAGGUGGAUGCAGACGAUAAGCGCCAUCGCACACGCUCCAAAGUGCCUGUGGAUCCAGCAUUAACAGAGCUUUUCAGUGUGUACGGUUGCCCCCUGGCCAAGAAGAGGAAGAGUAUAGACAGACAAACCCUGGAAACAUCCCCCAAGAGGAGCACCUACCUUGAUGACAUGGACAACUCCACAAUGGAGGAGUGCUAUGAGACGGAUGGAACAGAGGAGAUGGAUGACCGGGAGGAAGAGGAGGAGGAAGGAGCCAUAGAGGAUGAGGAAGAAGAGGGGGAAGUGGAGGAGGAAGAAGAGGAGGAGAUAGAAGCUUACAUGGACUACGGUGUAGAGCAAAUGGAGCACGAGGAUGGGGAAGUGGAGAGAGGGGAUGGAGAGGGGGAAGAGGAAGAAGAAGCAGAGGAUGAGGAGGUAGAGGUAGAGCAGGAGGAAGAAGAAGAAGGCGAUGAAGGGAGGGUGGAGGAAGCGGAAGAGGCAGAAGAGGAGGAGGAAGCAGUAGAAGAGGUGGAUUAUGAAGAAGGAGAGGAGGAGGAAGGAGAGCAGAAUCAAGGGCAAGAGGACGAUCAGAUGAGCAGCGGUGAGGGGGGUGAGGGUGAAGGCGAUGGCGGUGGAGGCGGCAGCAGCAAUUCCAAACCUGGCUCAACAGUGGAAAAAGAUGACAACAACAAUGAUGAGUACGAAAACUACGACGAACUUGUGGCCAAGUCCCUCCUGAACCUUGGCAAGAUCGCAGAAGAUGCUGCCAACCGUGCUAUGACAGAGUCUGAGAUGAACAGUAACUCCUCUAACAGUGCUGAGGAUGAAGAUGAGGAGGAAGAAGAGGAAGAGGAGGAGGAAGACGAGGAGGAUGAUGAAGAGGAAGAGGAGGAGGAAGAAGAAGAGGAGGAGGAAGAGGAGGAAGAAGAAGAGGGGGAAGGGAAUGAAACUCAGAGGGGUGAUCUGAGUUUGGACGUUGACAGUGACGUAGUUCGAGAAACGGUGGACUCCCUCAAACUGCUGGCACAGGGUCACGGUGCAGUGCUGUCUGACAACUUAGACGGACAGGAGUUUGAGAACAGCACUGCCGAGAACGGGGAUGAGACUGACUGCACGAACAAUGGGGGAAAUACACACAACGGUGGUCAUGGACAAGUUAAAACCAUCAGUAAUGGACAAAUAGAAAACAGUGAUGAGGAGGUGUGUUUGAGCAGUCUGGAGUGCCUACGGAACCAAUGCUUCGACCUCGCUCGGAAACUCAGUGAAACAAAGUCCAAUGACCGAAACGGACCAUCCCAGCUAAAUCAUUUCUCAUGCGAGGAUCCCAAUCAACAGCCUCAGCAUCAUGGCUACGGGGACUUCCACAACAGCCAAGAUGACAGGCGAACACUCGAUAGGAACUAUUCCGACAUGGACAAUCUCAUGAAGCUCGAGGAGCAGCUGAGCCCACGGUCCAAGGCCUUCUCCAGUUGUGCACAUGACGACCGGUACCAUACUAACCACCGGGACUUUGAUGAGGACACAGCCUCUGUGACGUCAGAUCGAUCAGAAGAAGUUUUUGACAUGACAAAGGGGCAUCUGUCCCUGUUAGAGAAGGCUAUUGCACUAGAGUCCGAACGUGCCAAGGCAAUGAGGGAUAAAAUGGCUGCCGAGGCUGCUAGAAGAGAAGGGGUGAGGUAUACCCAUGAAGAUCACGGCCCGCGGCAUGGCUACGGUGUUGAGCGUAAAGCCCGGCUUCCUGAUGGUUUGAAGAAGCCUUUCUACCAUAAAGAUGCUUCACGCGUGGACAAGAAGGAGAGCCGGUGUCCGACGCCGGGCUGCGACGGCACGGGUCACGUGACGGGCCUGUACCCGCAUCAUCGGAGCCUGUCGGGCUGCCCGCACAAAGACCGGGUGCCACCUGAAAUUGUGGCAAUGUAUGAGAAUGUUCUUAAGUGUCCUACGCCCGGCUGCACGGGACGCGGCCAUGUCAAUAGCAACAGAAACUCCCACCGAAGUCUGUCAGGGUGCCCCAUCGCUGCAGCUGAGAAGCUGGCUAAAGCCAAGGAGAAGCACCAGAGCUGUGAUGGCCCCAAGUCCAACCAGGCGUCCGACCGAGUCUUAAGGCCAAUGUGCUUUGUCAAACAACUGGACUAUCCACAGUAUGGUUACAAGAACAAUGUUUCCACCAGCACACCCCGCUCCAACCUGGCCAAGGAGCUGGAGAAGUACUCCAAGACCAGCUUUGACUACAGCGCUUUCGAUGGCAGCAACAACCACCAAGUGUAUGGGAAACGAGCCAUCGCUCCCAAAGUUCACGGGCAAAGAGACACGUCCCCCAAAGGAUAUGAUGCCAAACGUUACUGCAAGAACUCCAGCUCAGCCAGCAGCACCACCAGCACCUACGCCCCCAGCAGUAGCGGCAGCAGCCUGAGUUGUGGUGGAGGUGGCGGUGGAGGGGGCGCAGGAGGUGGUGGAGGGGGCAGCAGCGCCAGCAGCACCUGCAGUAAAAGCAGCUUUGACUACAGUCAUGACAUGGAAGCCGCCCACAUGGCGGCCACGGCCAUCCUCAACCUGUCCACCCGCUGCCGGGAGAUGCCCCACGACAUGGGGGGGAAACCGCAGGACCUGUGCUCACAGAGUCCCGGUCUAGAUGUUGAUGAGAACGGUACGUUGGACCUGAGCGUGAGCAAGCGUCUUUGCAGCGGCGGCGGUGGCGGUGCAGGUGACUCGGUGCUAACGCCUCUUGAGCCCAUGUCCCCCCAGAGGCAGGCCGCCCUGCUGGGCUCCCGCUGCUAUGGCAUGGGGGAUGCUGCAGACUGCUGGGACCUCCCUGUAGACUACACCAAGAUCAAACACAUAGACGAGGACGAGAAAGAGCCGGACGAUCUCGACCCCUUCCACGACCUCUUGGACGACGGCUCCUAUACCACAGACGUCAACAUGCCGAGCCCCAAGCCUAAAUACCUCCAAUGCAAGGAGACAAAGAAGGACCUGAUAACUCUCUCAGGUUGUCCUUUAGCUGACAAAAGUAUUCGAAGCAUGCUGGCCAACAACGCACAAGAGCUCAAGUGCCCGACACCAGGGUGCGAUGGUUCGGGACAUAUCACUGGCAACUACGCCUCACACAGAAGUCUUUCAGGGUGUCCGCGGGCCAGGAAAAGUGGGAUAAAGAUCAUCCACAGUAAAGAGAACAAGGAGGACCAGGAGCCUAUCAGGUGUCCAGUCCCAGGAUGUGAUGGUCAGGGUCAUGUGACAGGGAAGUACGCAUCCCAUAGAAGUGCAUCAGGAUGCCCCAUAGCAGCCAAGAGACAAAAGGACGGCUACCUAAACGGCAUUCAGUUCACAUGGAAGUCUGGGAAGACGGAGGGCAUGUCCUGCCCGACGCCGGGCUGCGACGGCUCGGGUCACGUCAGCGGAAGCUUUCUGACACAUCGGAGUCUGUCAGGUUGUCCACGUGCCACCUCCGCCAUGAGGAAAGCCAGGCUCUCCGGAGUGGAAAUGCUAACAAUAAAGCAGCAGCGUGCCAGCAACGGGCUGGAGCACGAGGAGGAGAUCAAACAGCUGGAUGAAGAAAUCAAAGAUUUAAGUGAAUCUAAUUCACAAGUGGAAGCAGACAUGAUCAAACUUAGAACACAGAUCACAACAAUGGAGUCCAACUUGAAGUCCAUAGAGGAGGAAAACAAGGUGAUUGAACAGCAAAAUGAAUCUCUCCUGCAUGAGCUGGCCAACCUCAGCCAGUCACUGAUUAACAGUUUAGCUAAUGUCCAGCUCCCUCAUAUGAAACCACUGACACACAAAGAGCCUCCUCUGAGGACUAACAGCUGCUUACAGAUGCACCAGCAAGAGCCAAUUAGUGAACAGAACUUUGAUGCCUACGUCACCACUCUGACGGACAUGUACACAAACCAAGAGCAGUACCAGAGCCCAGAGAACAAAGCCCUGCUGGAAAACAUCAAGCAGGCUGUCCAAGGGAUCCAGGUGUAACCAACCAAUCAGCAAAGGAAGACUUUUUGUUCCCACCGCAGGUGUGGGCAGCGAAUCAGAAUCCACGUACAAACAAGCAGUGAUGGUUUGAUCUCCUCGGUCCGGUGCAGUAACUUCUAAAGUGUUAUAUAUUCUAAAUUCUGUUCUUUGAAAAAAUGCUGAGGCGCUAAGCGUAGGAAGACCUCGAGAUCUUUUCUUUCUGUCUUUUCUUUCUGGGUUUCGCUGUGAGGGAGAGCAUCAAAACCGCAGAAUUAGUUUUUGAGGACAUUCACAUUUUGUACGUUUUCAUAUGAGCUGACAUAGUGUCAUGUAAUGUUUCUAGCUGCUCAUGUAUGCACAUUUUUAGUGUAUAUUUCUGAACAGUAAGCUAAUGCUAAUGGAACGUGAGCUCUUUUUGACCAAGAAAAGCAGCGACGGAGGAGGAAGCUACGGAUUUUUCUCCUCACGCAGUGGACGAUUCUGGACUUUUAGAUGUUUUUUUUUCUUUGUCUUCUUCUUCUUCUUCUUCUUGCGUGUAGAUUGUUCCAGAGCAAGAACUGGUUUUGCAGAUCGCUUUAUUUUCUGGCAAUGCUUGAGAAAAGUUUGUGCUUUGUUUUAAUGAAAAGACGUGCAGCUGCAGGUGGGGGCAUUUUUAAAUCGGUGCUGUAAAUGAACCCGGAGAGGAAACUGACCUGAUGUUUGUAUGAAUGUAUGUAUGAACAGUUCUAUCGGAAACAUCAUUACACGGAAACCUGAUGGUGGAAAUCCCAUUACCUAGGAGAGCCAAUUGAAUCCUAGAGGAACACGUCAUGUUCACAUGCUCAUCGUUAAUUAGUAGAAAAGAUGUGUAAAGACCUAUAGAGACCUCUCUGCUAUCAAAUCUGCUCAAUUUGGAGACUCGUGUUGGAAACGUCUCUGCAAUAUCAGAACUAUUGUUUCUAGCAGGAACGUGAUGCAAUCUGCAAAGGAAAAACGGUUGGGUAUAUGCAAUCUCUUGUUUAUAAGCAUAGCGGGGUAACAGGAAUCUUUUUAAUAUAGCCUGUAAUGUAAAAUAUUGAUUUUUAUACAAAUCUUUUAAUACAAAAAGUCUUUUUAAAAAAGGAGGAGGGAACCUGGACGUUGAGUUUUAGAAGCGGAAGUAUAUGAGUUCCACUUUUUUUCUGUACGAUUUUGCACAGGGACACCUUCGUUUCCAUGUUUUGAUGUUCUUACAGAAGCUAAAAGCAGUACCCGAGAGCCUGAAGCGAGGGUUUCCGAGGGUUUUGUAAAGAGUAUUUAUAGAGUAUGACAGCGGGACUUACAGGGUCACUGUCCCCACUUAUGUGCCAGUAGACUAUUUGCACUUGUCCUUGAAGAUAUUAUCCUUACGUACGGCGGCGUGCAAUUUCCCAGGUGACCUCUUUGGCACACGAUCGGAUUUCGUACCACUGAGAGAGGAAGAACAGGGACUUUGAAUCAGAUGAGAGGAUGGUUAGAACCAUAGCAGUUAUACUGUAGGCUACUUAUCAAGUGUAAAAACAUUCAGUCAUUUUUGCUCUGUUUUAGGAAGAUGAAGUUAUCCCCCAGCAGCACUUUAUAUCUAAUCACUGUACAAAGGGUUAAAUAGUCAAUCAAUUCAAGGUUUGAAAAAAAUAAGCCGAAGCAGCGGAGGCAUGCAGGAGCAAGACCUUCGCGGGGUGAUGCUGCAGUCGCUGUGCGCACCCCUCCAUUCUGUUGUCCUAGUUGUUAGCGAUCAUGUUCAGAUUUUGCCUUUUCGAGAGCGAAUGCAAAAGGUGCUCGUCGUUCACCUGACUGAAUCUCAUCUAUUGUACUUUACCGUCCUCUGUCAGGACUCUGCUUCCCAUCAUCCAUGACUGCAUACGCCUUUUUCCACAGCAUCGUGUCUGCAGCUUUUUGCCAAUAUAGUAACGCUUCAGUAGAGUAAUAGCUAGUACCAGUUUUUGAAUUAAUUCUCAUUACCAGUGAACACGGAGGAGGGAUUUUAAAGCACAAACCGGCUGCUCAUCUGAUGUUGGGACAUAAAUAACAAACCUGAAAAAGAGUAUCUGUGACUAUCUGUAGGGAACACAAAGAGGUCGUCACAUAUUUAGAACUUUUCAUAGAAAUUAUUGUGAAUUCAUCAGAGUUUAUUAUUUAGUUGGAGCCAGCUGAUUUGGUUGGAGGUUGAUUUCAGUGACCAUUAACAAAGACAGGAUUUUGUAUAAACUAUUGUGCUCUCUGUGGAACUGAAGUUUGAUUUAUUUUUGUACUACACAGCAUGGAUUUGUUGACAUUUUAAUUUUGCUAUAAAUGUGUGAGAUCACAAGUUGCUGUGAUAUUUCAUUUAUAAAUUGUGAACUUUGUACAAUUUUUGUCAUGCUGGAUGUUGAC